AUGCAGAGCUUUGUACAGAAGCUGGGUGGAACCCUGCGAGCUACGGGGGCCUUCCUGGUUCCAAACACAGUUGAGGAUUUUGAGCAGUUUAGCGUUCCUGUUAAACAACACAUUGGAGUAAGAUCGGAAACGACAAACAAACAACGAAGAUUAUCUCCACUUCACUGCCUUGUCACCAAGGAAGCUGACGCUGCAAAGAGGAAGAUUGAAAGAACGGUCAUGUUUUGCAUGGGCAAAUGCCGGCGUGAUAUCCUCUGGGAACGGCUUCUGAAAGGUGGACAAGAAGAUGAUGGAAAGAUUCUUCUAUCUCGCCUCACAUUCACUGAUUUUGAGGAAUUGCUUUGUAUGGUGGAGUCUUCAUCUCUGAGUAAGCUUGAUGAACGUCUACUCCAUUUUACCAAUAUGGGUCCCCAUUGGUUCAGUACAUUGCUUGCAUAUCUUCCCAGCCGUUAUGGAGAACAAUUUCGAUAUUUUGUUAACACUGAUGGAAAAACCCAAUGUGCAGUCAUUGUGAAUGUCGAUUGCACAGACACGUGCAUCCUGCUGUCAGUAAAUAGCAGCACUGGACGAGCUGAUUUGAGUCUCCUCAACCGUGAAGCUCGAACGGCAGCAGUUCUCCAGACGCCAGCAGAAGAUGAACAACACCAGGAAGCCAUCCAGAAUUUGGUGGAAACUUUCAUCGGUGCCUGCUGCUUCCAUCUUUGGAGUAGCAUGCUAUGCUAA